CCAUCAAGUGCGUCUUCAAACCUGUUUGUGGUGAUAUACUUUGAAAUUAGACGGAAUUAAGAACAUUUAUUCCAAAACUGGAUGAAAUGCACAUUGGAACAGAUAUAAAAACGAGUGAAAAUGAAACAAUAUAGCCUUCAUUCUGGCUGUGAACUGUGCCUUUGCUUGGCGACUGCGGUUUGAUGAAUAUCAACGAAUGACAGGUGGAACCAUAGUAAACGCAGUUAGUGUUCGUGUGUAACACCGGGAAGAAUUACACGUUACACACACAUCUUCAUACAUACGUACAUAGACGCGGAUGCGCGGCGAGGUGAUUGUUUAUGUUUACAAUUUCUUUCACUGUUUUUCAGAACUUUGCCAUUACAUAAAUACAAAAACGCCUAUAACUGAUUCUACUCAAUGUUCAGAUUAAAUGAAUUGAAACGUUCAUAAAUCGUUAAUUUUGUUUUCGCUCCCAUACUUCAUGACAUUCACAAUACAAUUGCACAACUCCUAAUAUUAAAGAGAUUUUGUAUUCUGCUGAUAACAGUAAAUGGUACAUAAGGUAUUGUCUGUUGAAUGACUAAAUUGAGUGCUUGUAGUUCUUCAGUCCGUUUGCACGAUGUCUUCAGUGAUAUCACAUGGAUUUAAAAGCAGUAAAGAGGACUUCUGCUUUGGGCCCUGGACAGUCACUGCUGCAAAGACUCAUAUUAUGAAGUCUAAAGAUAUUGAGAGGUUAGCAGAUGAGAUGCAUAUGCCCUCUCUCCCAGAGAUGCUUUUCGGUGACAAUGUUCUUCGGAUUCAGCACAACAAUGGUUUCGGGAUUGAGUUUAAUGCAAUCGACGCUCUCAAAUGUGUCAACAAUAUGCAGGAUUCUGUAAAAGUGGCUUGCGCACAAGAGUGGCAAGAAAGCAGGUCCGACUCUGAACAUUCCAAAGAGGUAGUGAAACAUUACGACUGGACAUACACAACAGAUUACACAGGGACUUUACUUGGAGAGCAAAUUCAAAUGAAGGUGACGCCCACCACAGAACGGAUUGAUGUGGAGAAGCUGAAGGCACGAGAGCAGAUCAAGUUUUUUGAGGAUGUGCUUCUGUUUGAAGACGAGUUGCAUGAUCACGGUGUGUCUAUGAUCAGUGUGAAAAUUAGGGUCAUGCCCACCAGUUUGUUCACUCUAUUGCGGUUCUUCCUGAGAGUGGACGGCGUGAUGAUUAGGAUUAAUGACACACGUCUGUAUCACGAGGCUGGACAAGACUACAUGCUUAGAGAAUUUAGCACACGUGAAAGUAAAAUAUCAGAUCUUCAGCAUGUUCCUCCAGCCUUAUACACGGAUCCCAAUGAGAUCGCCCAGCACUUACCACUGAAACUCACCAAGUGUGAGAAACUAAACUUUCCAGAGAGAGAGAAACAGAGAGAAACAGAAUCUUCACAGUGACCUGACCAGACACGAGUCUACACCAGACACACGAAAGACUCACACUCGCUGUUCCCAUUUACUGGAAGAUCACGUCUAUAAUUUGGUCAUGUCAACUCAGUGUGGAAGUGUUUUUUCAACUUAUUGUGGAAUAUGGCCAAAGUGUACUGUGGAGUCGUUGAGAUGAAAAUGUUCGAUCUGUGUGUGAAUGAUGAAGGUUUUAUUAAAAUCCUUUAAAUGAU